CCCGGCGGCCCCGUUGCCGUGGUAACGGGAAAGCCCGGAGCCGCUCCUCCCGCCCCCACCCCUCCCUCCGCGCCGGCCGCUCUCUUGGAGCUAACAUGGCUGAGCCCACCGGCCGGCGGCAGAGGCAGCAGCUAACGCUGAGGGCAGUUGGAGCUGCAGCGGGCGGCGGGGGCCAAGCGCAGGAGUCGUAAACCCCGAGCAUCCACCCGCUCGCCAGCGCCCGGCCGAGGAGAGGCAGACAGACGCCAACGCCCGGAGACCCCGCCCCGGAGCAUGUGGAAGCUGAGCAAGAGCAAAGUGCUUCUGGACGACUCCCGCGAGGAAGAGGACGGCCUGCGGGAGGGGAAGCCGCCGCCGCCGCCCCCGCCCGCCGCCGCGCAGGUUCAGGGAGCAAGUUUCCGAGGUUGGAAGGAAGUGACUUCUCUGUUUAAUAAGGAUGAUGAACAAUAUCUACUCGAAAGAAGUAAAUCUCCCAAGGCUAAAGGAACUAAUUUACGAUUAAAGGAAGAGUUGAAGACAGAGAAGAAAUCUGGAUUUUGGGACAAUUUGGUUUUAAAACAGAAUAUACAAUCUAAAAAACCAGAUGAGAUUGAAGGUUGGGAACCUCCAAAAAUUGGUCUUGAAGAUGUAGCAGCUGAUUCAAGUGACACCUCAAGUGACCAUAUGUCCUGGCCAGCCUGGGAGGAUGAUACUAAAGGCUCCACUAAAUACACUACCCUGGCCAGCUCAGGAAAUAGCUCCCGGUGGAGCAUCAAGUCAGCUGGAAAGUUGGUCAGUAUUAGACGACAAAGCAAAGGUAAUCUUACUGAUAACUGGGAAGAAUUAGAAUGAGAGUGGAAGAGGAAAUACUAUAUAAAAGAAAAAGUCCACAAUUUCCAUAUAUUUUCAAACCAUUACUGGCCUAAUAUUGCACCUUUGUAUUUCAUUUUAUUAAGAAUCUUAGAAUUUGCUGUAUCAUAGUAUUUUUUUAUUAGUAUAUCAUUAAGCUGUUAGUCUGUUUCCUAUAUUAAAAAGAGUAGAGAAUCUUAUUUUGUGCCUGUGUUUCACAUUUGGAAUUUUAUUUUCAUAUGUUGAAUUUUGAAAUUCGUAAACAUACUGUGAUUCCUUAGUGAAGAUAUAUAGGGGUUGUACAUUUGAUUGCCUUAUUGUACUACUUACAAUCCAUGUUUUGCUGAAACUGGGAUGCUGUUCCCUAAGAUACCAGGUAUGAUUUGCUGUUUGCAACAAAAAUAUUUUCAUGCCAUUCUUGGUUAUAUUUCUUUGUUUCACAAUUUACCUACUUUAUUCUUGCAUGCAACAUAUAUGUACAGUCUGUGAAACACAAGAAUGUAGCAGUUGCGCAAUUCUUUUCUGUUGUCAGAAAAUUGCAAUCCAAGUGGCAAAAUCAGUUUUCCAAAGGUUAAGUUAAAUUUGUAGCAAAUUAAAAUUUCUUAUUAUUAAAAUUAAAAAUAUGUAAACAAAUUAAAUACUGGAAUAGUAAUUUGAGUAUAUAUUCAGUUUUAAAAAGCAUAUUCACUGUUGCCUAGGGAAGCAUAGCUUCUAGUGUACACAUUGCAGAGGUAAUGGUGGCUCUUGUUCUGAGAUUUUACUUUUAUUUCUCCUGAACUUUAAAAAUAUUAAUCUUUAUUUUCUCCUAAAAAUGUGUUCUCCUUUUUUGUUUACAGGUUAAUAAAAGAAUGCUAUAAAGUGUGGAUAAAUUUUAGUAACUUGUUGCUCUUAAUUUUGUUUGGAAAGCAUUAACUUGCUCACUGUAGAGUUCAAACUGUAUAUAAAAUACUGUAAGUGCCUCUUUUCUAUUAUACCCAGGAUUUUGGUUUUACAAAAUGAGAUACUUACUGCGAUUGAUGUUACAUCUGUAAGAAAGUGUGUAUUUCCCCCCACAGGAGUAAUUUAUGGUUAGUUUGAAAACAUGACUGUGGAAUUAUCUCUCUCUCUCUCUCUGUCUCUCUCUCAUACAGAUUGAAGUUGUCUAUAGACUUGCUAAUUGUCUUUGGUAAUGGGAUCCUCUGUAUCAGGUAUACAAGUAAUGUGUCUAGCAGUAUGGCUCUUAUCAAGCAGGCAGUGCAAAUCUCUAUCUUGGGUAAAAGUGUGUGUUUGUGUAUUUUUUGUUGUUGUUAAAAAGGAAACAAAAAACCUCCAGUUACACUGUGGUUUCCCCUCAUAUUAAAACAAAAACAAAAACAAAACACACUGUCUUCAAAUUGUUCAUUGUGCAUUUUUGUGUUGUUUCAUUUAAGUGACUGUUCUAUUUAACAUUCCUUUGGAAUAUCUGAACAUGCCUGGUGGUGGAACACAUUGUUGGACAACAUAGUAUAUAAGUAAAUAAAUAUAUAUAUAUUUUUAAUAGAACAAGAAGUUUACUUGAUAAAGCCUUGAAAGAGGGGCAUGUUUUAAAGUGGUGUUAAAAUACAAAUUCCCAUUUUUUUUAGAACCUGGAAAUUGUGGAGGGUUUCUUUGUUUCUUAAUGUAGAGGAAAGCUUAUUAUUUUCAAGGUAAUAGCUGAGUUGAAAAAUCUGAAGUUUCCUCAGGUAAAUAGUUUGGUAUACAGAUUUACCCUUACUCUCCUUAAAAAAAUGCUUGCUAUGAUUAUACAAACAUGUCACGUUUAAUGAUUUUUAUAAACAUUUUACAGCAGGAGCUGGGUUUAGGAUUGUCUUUGGCUAAUACUGUCUUGAGGCACAGGAAAGUAAAUGAUGUAUUUGAGACUCUGGAAAUUUUAUUUAUAUGCAGGGAGGUUGGAAAUGCCAUUUCCUUCACUCUUUUGGGAGUUUUGUAGUACUGUGACCAGGAGGUUUGUUAUGCCUCAUAUAUUGUUACGUUAAGUGCCUGAAAAUUCACCUUGGUAAUAUAUUUGUGAUGGACACUUGGCAAAACAGUCCUUUAUAAUACUGUUUCUCAAAAUUCGAAAACAGAGGCAAAUAACAUUGGAAUAUGAGCUGUAAAUCAAAUUUUUCUUAACUACAGAGAUCUAUUAAAGUAAAAAUGAAUUUUUUUCUUCUGUUGUAUCUGAUUAAAUUAAAAUGACUUAUGUUGGUGAUUGUUAAUGUAAAUAUUUAUUGGUGUGCUUUGGGAGCAAAAUAUUUUUUCUUGAGAGAACUUACUAAAGCUAAUUUCUAUAUUAUUUUCACAGGUUAAUGAGAGAAUGAUGUUUUGAUUUGGGGGUAUUUGUUUGAAUUUAAUAAGCACACAGUGUCAUUUACUGUGGAAGAAAGAGUUGUCUGUCCUCCUUAUGCUGUUGUUUUAUUAUUUCUUUUUAAUAGGAAGGUGAUCCAGCUUCAAAGAAAAUAGGAUUCGUUCUUAAUGUUGAGGUUUUCUUUAAAAAUAAAAAUAUUAUUAAUA